AGUUGACUGGAAUAUCCGAUUUGAAUUAAAAGCUUCGACAGUGAUAAUGAAAAUGAUUAAGAAUGGGUAUUUAUAUAUUUUGCUCAUUGUAAUUCGUAUCGUUUUACCUACGCCGCCGAUUGAUUCAAGAAAGUUGGAUAAAAUCAAAAGCGACAUGAAUAAUCUUUUGGAAUUAAUUCCCAAAGGCAAAUUUCAGGAAAUCAUCAAUAAUCACUUAAUAAACGAUACAGGAUUUCAGGCAGCCGUCACCUAUUUAAGAAGUGACGAGUGGAAAACCAUAAUAGAGAAAUUAAAACAAAAUAGAGAUUUUAUCGAAUUUACACAAUUUCUAAAAACCAUUGACAUCGAUAUUGACCUUUACGUUCAUUGCGUUGAAAAUCAAUUCACCACAUUAGAAAUCCCCGAUGUUCCAGUUGGAACCAAGAAGGACCUUAAGCCGUUCAUUGUUGAUUUGGAGAAGAAUCUGCCAACGGACAUGAUUCUUAGUAAACUGAGAGAAAGCACCACCAAUAAUCCCAAGUUUCGUGAAUUGUAUGACAAACUGGCUAGUACGGAAACUCGCAGCUUGAUUGAGAAGGUUCUGGCAAUUCCAGAAAUCAAAAAUAUAAUAAAAAUAUUAAGCGAAAUGGGUCUGCAACUAGAUCAAUCUGUAAAUGGUCUCUACAUGUUCCUUGGGUGGAAAUAAUGUUAACUUUUAAUUUUAUAUAAUUAAUUUUAACAGGUCUAACAGGAAUUUUGAUAUUUAUUUUUAAUUAUUUUUUACAUUAACAACAAAAGUAUAUUUAUAGCACAUUUUUUUGCUAUGUUGUUAAUUUAUAUACUCUUGAAAAUAAACCAAUAAUUUACAUUU